AUGACUAUUGAUGCGUUCCUUCUCAAAGAAAUUGGUGUUGCAUUUCUCAUCUUAUUCAUCUCACACUUUUCAAUUCGCUUAAUCAUCAAAAGUGGUUCUCAAAAUCUCCCACCAGGCCCAAGAGGAUGGCCAAUUCUUGGUGUUUUACCACUCUUGGGUGCCAUGCCUCAUGUCACACUCGCAAACAUGGCUAAGAAAUUUGGGCCCAUCAUGUUCUUCAAAAUGGGCACUUGUGAUACUGUGGUAGUGUCAAGCCCAGAUGCAGCCAAAGCAUUCUUCAAAACCCUAGACCAUAGUUUCUCAAACAGGCCCAUAAUUACAGGUUCAGUCGAGAUGGGCUACAAUUCACAAGACCUAGUUUUUGCUGAGUAUGGGCCCAAAUGGAAGCUCAUGAGGAAACUAAUAACCAAGCACGUGGUUGGUGGAAAGGCCCUUCAAGAUUGGGCCUAUGUGAGAUCAAGUGAGGUAAAACACAUGAUAAGAGCCAUGCAUGAGUGUGCCAAACAAGGGGAACCAGUUGAAGUGAGUGACUUGUUGAGUUGUGCAAUUACAAAUAUGGUGAGCCAAGUGAUAAUUAGCCACCGAAUAUUUUCAAAUAAAGGAUCAAAGUCUAAGGAGUUUAAGGAGAUGGUGGUGGAAUUCAUGACCAUAACUGUGGGUAACAUUGGUGAUUUUGUACCAUGCAUUGCUUGGAUGGACUUGCAAGGUGUGGUGGGUAAGAUGAGAAGGUUGCAUAAGAAGUUUGAUGUUUUCUUAACCAAGAUUGUUGAGGAUCAUGUAAAGUCUUCUCAUGAGCGUAAGGAGAACCCAGAUUUUCUUGACAUUGUGAUGGCAAAUGGAGAAUCUUACUCAGAAGAAGAGAGACUGAGUUUGUCAAACGUUAAGGCUCUACUAUUGUAUCAUUUUGUUGUUCUAAAUAAAGAUAUCUUCUUUGCUAUAUAGGAUUUCUUCACUGCAGGAACAGACACAUCAACUAGCAUCAUAGAAUGGGCACUAGCUGAAAUGUUGAAAAAUCCAAGCAUCAUGAUGAGGGCACAGAAAGAGAUGGAUGAAGUGAUAGGAAGGCAAAGACUACUUGUUGAAUCUGACCUGCCUAAAUUACCGUACCUUCAAGCAAUUUGCAAGGAGACAUAUAGGAUGCACCCAUCAACACCUCUUGGUGUUCCUAGGGUGGCAACAGAAGCAUGCCAAGUUAAUGGCUACUACAUCCCUAAGAACACCAGGUUAAAUGUUAACAUAUGGGCCAUAGGGAGAGACCCCAAUGUGUGGGCCAACCCAUUAGAGUUCAAUCCAGAGAGAUUUUUAAGUGGGAAGAAUGCAAAAAUCGAUCCUAGUGGAGUUGAUUUUGAGUUGAUUCCUUUUGGGGCUGGAAGGAGAAUUUGUGUAGGGUAUAAAAUGGCUAUUGUUCUGAUUGAAUACAUUUUGGGCACUUUGGUGCACUCCUUUAAUUGGAAUUUGCCAAAUGGGGUAGAGCUCAACAUGGAUGAGGGUUUUGGAUUCACUUUGCAAAAGGCUGUGCCUGUGUCAGCUAUGGUUAGCCCUCGGUUGGUGCCAGAUGCUUAUGUUUGA